AUGGAGGGUUUCUUGAAGGCCAAGAGGAACCACAAGGCCUUUGUUCCAAUAUGUGCCGUUUUCACUUUUACCUGCGUUUCCAUGCUUCUGCUACACUGGCACUGGUACUGGGACGCGCCGACAUCGAUUCCUACCCCCCCUUCGGUCGAUAGGGACCGACGCUUCGCUAUGGUUAUUCCUGCCACCGGCGCUAGCCCCGAACUUUGCAAAACCGUCAUGACCGGACUCGCACUUGGGUACCCGAGCCCAAUCAUCGUCAACUGGGGGGUUGACCAUCGCCCUCUCACACAUUGGAGAGGUGGCCGCAACUUGCUCAAAGUACCUGGCAUAGUCGACUAUCUCGAAGCAGCCACACGGCCAGACGCGCACCCAUCCGAACGAUUGGACGACGACGAUAUUGUCCUUAUCGUCGAUGGCUACGACAUUUGGUUCCAACUACCGGCCCAGGUGAUGCUCGAGCGAUAUCACAGGAUCAACAAGGAAGCCAACGAGAGACUACAAAAAGAGUGGAAUCAACAUCAAAAGGGACCAAUGCCGAUGCGACAGACUAUAGUUGCCGCCACUGGCAAGAGAUGUGACCCCAAGAACGAAAACAGAGGCACAAAAAUGCAGUGUGAUGUAUGGCCCGAGAGCCCUUUACGCAAGGAUCUCUAUGGUCCUCACACAGACGAGGACAAGUCAUGCUGGGAAGUGGUUGAUCCCCUCGACACGACUCGGGUUCAAGGGCGCCACUGUGGUGCUAUCAGACCGAGAUGGCUCAAUGGAGGUCUCUACAUGGGCCCUGCUGGCGAUUUGAGACGUCUGUUCCGUCGCUGCUUUUUCACCUUACAGACGGGUAUCGGCAGGGGUAUCAAGAUGCGUAGUGAGCAGUCUCUUGCAUACGAAGCCGUCGUCGAACAGGAAACCUUUCGCCAAUGGCAGAGAGUGAAUGGCAGACCGAAACCUGAUGUGUCAGAGUUGAUGAAUAACAAGCUGGAAUACCACAUCGGCCUUGAUUACGCCGAGGAGCUGUCGGUACAAACCCAGUGGGCCCAAGAUAGAAAGGGGCUGGACCAUGGUGCAUUUGUGACACUCGGCGACCAAGAUCUCAUUGACCGACACUCUGAAAGUCGGGGGAUCUCGCCAACAAGACUUCGGGGCUUACCGGAGGACAUAAAGUCGGCACCUAACCCACUAUCGGCUCUGCAGCCUCGAGCCAACUGGACCAACAUGCCCCUCUACGCCGACUUCUUCACAGAGACCGUCUCCGCAAUUGUGCACCACAAUGGUGUUGGUUCACUCAAGACACAUCGAUCUACUUGGUGGGACAGACCAUGGUACUUUCAACACCUCCGUCAACUUCUUCAUAUUCGACUGAGAGCAAAGGGGGAGGCCGAAGAGCCUCUGGCGACAGUGCAGACGCCUAAUGGUCGUGUCAGAUACUGGACUGCCUCUGCGGAGAAUACGAGCAAGUAUCCGAGGCGUAUGAAGAAGUCCUUGAAACAUAGGUUGGACAAGAUGAAAUUUGGAGAGAUGUGUCGGAAGAAGAGCAAAGCGGGAGAGGAGACUCCUCCGGAGUGGUAUGACGAGAUUUUCCGCGACAACCGUGGUUCAUGGGGUGGUUAG